AUGUUUCGAAUUAUAAUUAAAAAUAUCGUACCUGGUUUCAAUAAGACAACAUUAAGUGGAAAAUUAGAAAAUGCGAUCCGGCAUCUUCAGGGUAAUAAUAGGUUCUUAUCAGACAGAGCUUUUGCAGGUGAAGAUGACAAAUUUUCGCUUAAACAUGAAGAAGUUGGACGGCCUUUAUAUUUUGACGCACAAGCAACUACACCUAUAGAUCCACGCGUUUUAGACGCAAUGUUGCCAUUUCUUGUUACCUAUCAUGGGAAUCCGCAUUCGCGAACGCACGCGUAUGGAUGGGAAAGUGAGGCCGCCGUUGAGAAAGCAAGAGAGCAAGUAGCAAACCUUAUAGGAGCUGACCCUAAAGAAAUAAUUUUUACAUCUGGAGCUACCGAAUCAAACAAUAUUUCUAUUAAAGGUGUUGCACGCUUCUAUGCUCCAAGAAAGAAGCACAUUGUUACAACACAAAUUGAACAUAAAUGUGUGUUAGAUUCAUGCAGAGUUUUAGAAGGAGAGGGGUUUCAAGUAACAUAUUUGCCAGUAGGUCAAAAUGGUAUCAUAAAAUUGGAAGAUCUCGAAGCUGCACUUACACCAGAAACUAGUUUGGUUUCAAUUAUGACUGUUAACAAUGAAAUUGGUGUAAAACAGCCAAUUUCCGAAAUAGGGGCAAUCUGUAAGAAACAUAAAGUAUACUUCCACACAGAUUCAGCUCAGGCUAUAGGUAAAAUCCCUCUUGAUGUAAACAAAAUGAACAUUGAUCUAAUGUCUAUUUCUGGCCAUAAAGUCUAUGGGCCAAAGGGGGUUGGAGCUCUGUAUAUCAGACGUAGACCAAGAGUUCGUGUGGAACCCAUACAGAGUGGUGGUGGUCAAGAAAGAGGAAUUCGAAGUGGAACAGUUCCAACUCCCUUAGUAGUAGGUUUAGGUGCGGCAUGUGAGCUUUCAAAAAAUGAAAUGGCAUAUGAUCAUGCCUGGAUGGAAAAAUUGGCAAAAAGAUUUUUGGCUAAAAUAAAUUCAAAAUUAACCCAUGUUAUUCGGAAUGGGGAUGAGGAGCAAUCGUAUCCUGGAUGCAUUAAUUUGUCAUUUGCAUAUGUUGAAGGAGAGUCUCUGUUGAUGGCUUUAAAAGAUAUUGCAUUAUCAAGUGGAUCUGCCUGUACUUCAGCAUCUUUAGAACCAUCUUAUGUACUAAGAGCAAUAGGUACAGAUGAAGAUUUAGCUCAUAGCUCAAUUCGAUUUGGCUUAGGCAGAUUUACAACAAUAGAAGAAGUAGAUUACACAGCAGAAAAAACAAUAAGGCACGUAGAACGUCUGAGGGAAAUGAGUCCUCUUUGGGAGAUGGUACAAGAAGGUGUUGAUAUUAAAACUAUACAAUGGUCUCAGCAUUGA